AUGAGUGGGGCACCUAAGAGAUCUCAUGAAGAGUCUGGUCAUCCAUCUUCGAAGCAUCCGCAUGAAGAUUCGGGUACAUAUUCAAAGUUGGUUUCAUCAUCAGUUUCAAAUGAGUACCAUUUGACCUAUGAUAUAGGUCAGGAUUCUCGGGUGGCAAAAGCACCCCGAACUGAAUUUCGCGAUGCAGAUAGACGAUCUCCACUUCAUCCCGUGUAUCGGAUGUCGUCAUCCAUGAAUGAUUCUCAUGCAGAUCAUCCUAUUGGUCCUGAGAACAGGCUAGAAUCAAGGGAUGCCAAGGACAGUAGAGAUAUCCGGUUUGAGAACCGUGAUACAAAGACAGAAAAGAAGGAAUUGUACAGUGAAGCUAGAAGGGAUCCUCCAAGUGCUAAGAGUGAAAAGGAUGUGCGUGUAGAAGGUAGAGGAGAUGACAACAAAGAUAGGCUUGAUCGAGAUAAUCAUAGUGAUCUGAAAGGUGACAUCAAGACAGAGAAAGAUGGUUAUAAUGUUGUUAGCGGCCACUUGAAUUGGAAAGAUUCAAAAGAGUACCAUAGAGGAAAAAGAUACUCUGAUGCCCCUAGUGGGAAUUUGGACACAUGGCAAAUGUUACGUGGAAAUACACAAGUUUCAAUUGAGGUUGGGAAGGAGAGUUCAACUGCAGAAGAAAGGGAUUAUGUUGAAGCUCAUGAAGCUGUUGCAGAGAACAAAGUUGAUCCAAAAGGCGAUGAUAGAACAAAAGAGAAAGAUAGAAAGAGGAAGGAUGUGAAGCAUCGGGACUGGGGAGAUAGGGAAAAAGAAAGAAGUGAUCGUAGAAACAGUACACAAGUUAGCAAUAGUACAGGUGACUGCAAAGAACCUGCCAAGGAAGAUAGAGAUGUAGAAAGGAUAGAGAGGGAGAAAAAAGAUAUUUCAAAAGAGAAAGAAAAUUUGAAAGAGAGGGAAAAGGAUCAAAUGAAGAGAGAAUCUUGGAAUGGAAUGGAGAAAGAGGUUUCAAAUAAUGAGAAGGAACCUGUUGAUGGAUCAGCUAAACUUCCUGAACAAGGAAUUGUGUUACCAGAGCAGAAGAAACAAAAAGAUGUUGAUAGCUGGAAAAAUGUAGAUAGAGAAGCUAGAGAGAGGAAAAAAGAAAGGGAUGCUGACCUAGAAGGAGACAAGUCUGAUAAGCGUAGUAGGUGCCUUGACAAGGAAUCAAAUGAUGGGUGUGCUGAUGGAGAGGGGGCGAUGGACAAGGAAAGAGAGGUCUAUAAUUAUAGCGGUCAGCAUCGUAAGAGGAUACAACGAUCUAGGGGGAGCCCUCAGGUGCCUAAUCGGGAGCCUCGUUUCAGAUCCCGUGCCCAAGAUAAUGAUGGGUCUCAAGGUAAAGUAGAAGUCUCUUCUGUUGUUUACAAAGUUGGUGAAAGCAUGCAAGAGCUGAUAAAGUUGUGGAAGGAAUAUGAAUCAUCUCAACCUCAAACAGAAAAAAAUGGUGAAAGCUCUAAUAUUGGUCCCACUCUGGAAAUUCGGAUACCAUCUGAGCAAGUCACAGCUACAAACCGCCAAGUCAGAGGUGGCCAGCUUUGGGGGACUGAUGUGUACACAUAUGAUUCAGAUCUUGUUGCUGUUCUCAUGCAUACAGGUUACUGUCGCCCAACAGCAUCUCCACCUCCUAUGGCCAUACAAGAAUUGCGGGCCACUGUUCGCGUGCUACCUCCUCAAGACUGCUAUAUUUCUACACUGAGAAACAAUGUACGUUCCCGUGCUUGGGGUGCAGCGAUUGGCUGUAGUUAUAGAGUUGAACGGUGUUGCAUUGUGAAGAAAGGAGGUGGAACUAUUGAUCUUGAACCUUGCCUUACACAUACAUCAACUAUUGAACCCACCCUUGCUCCAGUGACUGUUGAGAGGACAAUGACUACCAGGGCUGCAGCUUCGAAUGCAUUGCGGCAACAAAGAUUUGUUCGAGAAGUCACAAUACAGUACAAUCUCUGCAAUGAGCCUUGGAUCAAAUAUAGUAUAAGUAUUGUUGCUGACAAGGGUUUAAAAAAGCCACUCUACACAUCUGCUCGUUUGAAGAAGGGAGAAGUUUUAUAUUUGGAGACACAUUUGUCCAGCCUUUUAAAUUUGCUAUUUGAAGAAUCCAUGAUCAUGAUCUUGAAAAGUAUUAUUCCGCUUCAAGAUCUUCUAGAAAGUCUGAGUUCUUUAAGAACUUUCUACUGGUGUUCUUUUAAUAAUGAUUUAUUUAUUUGUAGAUACGAACUUUGUUUUACUGGAGAGAAGAUGGUCAAGGCUACACCAGCGACUCAGUUGCAUGACCCUGCCUCAGAAAAGUCUCAGAAUCACCAUGCUCACUCUACAAAUGGCGAAAAGAAUGAUUGUGAGAAUGUCUUGAUUGAUGCAUUCCGUUGGUCUCGUUGUAAGAAGCCUCUCCCACAGAGAGUGAUGCGUACAAUUGGCAUUCCUCUGCCUCUUGAACAUGUUGAGGUAUUGGAGGAAAUUUUGGACUGGGAAGAUGUACAAUGGUCUCAGACUGGUGUCUGGAUUGCUGGAAAGGAAUAUACCUUGGCACGGGUGCAUUUCUUGUCAAUGAAUUAA